UGCGGUUCGGUCGGAGCACGUGGAAUGGAAAAUGGAAGUCCCUAUCUACACCGCCACCGCCGCCGCCACCGCCGGCCAGCCUCCGUCUCCCUACAUAUUGCCGUUGUCUCACACUAGCAGUAGCACACACAUCCAUUCAUAUCGAUCGGAUAAUUAGCUCCCCUCGACUGACAACCACGUGCAGUAGCUACCAAACCACCACCAGUUGCAGUCGGUGCUUUGUUUACAGGGGAGCGGCGGGCAAACAGCCGGACAACACCAAACAUUCAAGCAGCAGCAGGCAUACCUCAGACCUUCUUGUUGGAGGCCGGCCGGAGUUCGUGUCAAGGUAGGUCCAGGCUACUAGAACAAUGGGGGUCAUGUUCUCCUGCCCCGCCGAUGACUAUGACCCCAUGGAGGAAGGCAUCCUCGCGCCGGCCGACGGCGGCGAGCCGACGAUGCUCAGGGCCUUGGGCUCCGGUAAGCUGCUCAUACAGGGGUCGCUCAGCUUCAAGAGGGAGCGGCAGCUGGACGACAGCCCGGGCUCUCUCCAGCUGGAGACCGAGAUCUCCAUCAGGACAGCCGGCGCCGGCGCCGAGGCCGAGGCGCCGCCGCCGCUUGCGCCGAGGGAGCUUGCCAGGCUGAGCGCGGGGGCGGAGAGCCCGAGGCACGAUGCUGCGGCGCUCAGGCUGCAGAAGGUGUACAAGAGCUUCCGCACGCGGCGGCAGCUGGCCGACUGCGCCGUGCUGGUGGAGCAGAGCUGGUGGAAGCUGCUGGACUUCGCGCUCCUCAACCGCAGCUCCGUCUCCUUCUUCGACAUCGAGAAGCAGGAGACGGCCGUGUCCAAGUGGUCCAGGGCCAGAUCCCGAGCUGCCAAGGUUGGAAAGGGACUGUCCAAGGAUGACAAGGCGCAGAAACUCGCAUUGCAGCAUUGGCUCGAAGCGAUUGACCCGCGCCACCGCUACGGCCACAACCUGCACUACUACUAUGAUUGCUGGCUCCACAGUGAAAGCAACCAGCCUUUCUUCUACUGGCUUGAUGUUGGAGAAGGCAAGGAGAUCAAUCUUGAAGGCAAGUGCUCCCGAUCCAAGCUUCUCAGCCAGUGCAUCAAGUACCUCGGUCCGAAGGAAAGAGAGGACUAUGAAGUCGUGAUUGAGGACAGCAAGUUGUUGUACAAGAAGAGCCGGCAAAUAAUCGACACGUCCUUCGGCCCGAGAGACGCAAAGUGGAUCUUUGUUCUUAGCACAUCUAAGAGCUUGUACGUUGGUCAGAAGAAGAAAGGUAAAUUUCAGCAUUCUAGCUUUCUUGCUGGGGGAGCUACCUCUGCUGCUGGGAGACUGGUUGCUGAAAAUGGAACCCUGAAGGCUAUUUGGCCUCACAGCGGUCACUACCGCCCCACAGAGGAGAACUUCCAGGAGUUCAAAAGCUUCCUCAUGGACAACUUGGUUGAUCUCACUGAUGUUAAGAUGAGCCCAGCAGAGGAGGACGAGGAAUUCUGGGGCAGCCUCAAGAGGAUCUCGUCGGAGAACGACAAGUCUGAAGAUGGCCCUGCUGCAGUUGAAGAAACUGGCUCUCUUCAGACAACUCAAGCUAUUCAAACAACAUCUACGGAGACAGAGAAACGGGAGGAACCAGUGGUGGCGCGCGAGAAGAUCCUUCAGAGGAUCAACUCCAAGAAGGACAUGAAGUCGUACCAGCUCGGCAAGCAGUUGUCCUUCAAGUGGACGACCGGGGCAGGCCCUCGGAUCGGGUGCGUGCGCGACUACCCUUCGGAGCUCCAAGCGCACGCGCUAGAGCAGAUGAACCUGUCGCCGCGGUGCGCCGCCGCCGCCAGGUCUGCGUCCACCCGGUUUGCCUCGCCGCUGAGGCGGAGCUUCAACAGCAUUGUGACGAAGGGGGGCGAGAAUGAGACGUCCACGCCGAGAGGAGCGUUCCGGUCGCCUCUGCGGCAUGGACUAGCUGCAGAUGAGAGGUGAAAUGAGCACACUUGCAGUUGCAGCUGCCUGAAGGAGAGCGUCCCCAAUCAACUGGAAAUGGUACUGAAAUGCAUGCAGAUGUGUGCGACAGGAAAAAUAAAGUACAGUAAUACUACCUCUGCACACUAAUAUAAGACGUUUUUGCAGUCAAUUUGAACUGCAAAAACGUCCUACAUUAGUUCACAGAGGGAGUAACAUACUGCCUGCGUAGAUGUAGGAACUGUAGUGUAGUCCGGAUGAUAUGCAUAUACGUUGUUUAGUUGACGUAUAUUACAGCUGCUUUAAAUAGAUAAGGACACCUAUGUAAAGAUUCUUUCAUUCAUUGAUGAGAGCAGUGACUCGAUGAAAAAUUAAGCACACGCUUUCCCCUCA